GAGUGAGGGAGCGUGAGUGUAACAUCUGACAUCAACAAGCAUGGCUGCCAACAAGGGAGCGGGGCCACAGGUCAUCGAUAUUUCCAAAUUAAACCUGGAACAACUCACCACGCUCAAAAACCAGCUGGACCAGGAGCUGCAGUUCUUCAGUGAGUCUCUUCAGCAGCUUAAGAUUGCUCAGCUCAAGUUCAAUGAGUCAGGCGAGUGUGUUGAGAAGCUGACUCCGGAGACCAAGGGGAAGGAGAUCCUGGUUCCCCUCACCAGCUGCAUGUACGUCCCAGGCACUGUGGCCAACUCAGAGAAGCUCCUCAUUGAAGUGGGCACAGGAUACUACAUAGAGAGGGACGUGCCUGGAGCAAAGGAUUACUUCAACCGAAAGAUUAAGUUUGUGACGGAACAGAUGGACAAGAUUCAGAAGAUUGCCUCAGAGAAGAGUAAAUUAAGAGAAGUUGUGAUGGACAUGAUGGAGAUGAAGUUGGACCAGCAGCUAGCGGUGAUCCAGCAGCAGCAGGCGGCGGCGGGCAAGAUGGGUGAAGGUAUGAUGGCUUAGUGACGACUCCUCCCUGUUUGGUUUUUCUUCAAGCUUUAAUAAGUUCAGCAAUGCAGCGUUUGUCCCGCCGCCACUUCCCCGCCGCUCAGCGUGUCUCAGUUGUCCCUGUCCUGAGCCGUGAGAUUGGUGUGUGGGUGUGAGGGCCCACAAAGCAUUUACAAUUGGCAGUGCACACUGACCACUGAAGCAGGCAGGCUCUCACAAACACCCUCAAGCAACAAUUGGAGACGAUAAAAGUAACUGUCAGUGCAACACACAGAAGGAAUACUCAUGUAGUACCAUGUACCUUGUUGACACAGCCUGCCACAAUUAAAUAAGUUACCACUCA